CUCCUCCUGCUUGGCGGCUCCGGGCACUUCUGACUGGUGGGCGCGGAGGAAAAGUUGCCCGCGGCGGCGGCGACCUGACCGGCGAGGUAUCCGACCGGCGGGAAGGCCCUUCUGACGCUCGAGAUCGCCAUGGCCCACCUGAGGUGUGUGCUCCAAGCAGCAGCAGGUCUACAAUUACGUAAUUCUAGACGAAGGCUACAGUUCUUCAGUAGCGGUGCUGGACUGACUAUAGAGAAGAAUGUCCCAUAUCAGAAGACACUGAAGGAAGAGGGCCACUCCUCCCGCGAAGGGCCCACAAAGCCCCUUCCUACCUCUGCAGAUGUGGUGGUGGUAGGUGGUGGUAGCCUUGGAUGCCAGACAAUCUACCAUCUUGCCAAGAAGGGCAUGACCAAUGUGGUUUUGCUUGAAAGGGAUCGUUUGACCUCAGGGACCACUUGGCAUACUGCAGGCCUCUUGUGGCAGUUGCGCCCAAGUGACGUGGAGGUGGAGCUCUUGGCUCACACCCGUAACGUGGUCAGCUGGGAGCUGGAGGAAGAGACGGGCCUUCACACGGGCUGGAUCCAAAAUGGAGGACUCUUCAUUGCUUCCAACAAGCCAAGACUGGAUGAGUACAAGAGGCUCAUGUCACUGGGCAAAGUUUUUGGCAUUGAAUCACACGUCCUGUCUCCGGGGGAAACCAAAGAGCUGUAUCCCUUGAUGAACGUGGAUGACCUCUACGGCACCCUCUAUGUCCCGGAGGACGGCACAAUGGAUCCUGCAGGGACCUGCAUGUGCCUCGCUCGGGCAGCCAGCAACCGUGGGGUUCUGAUCAUUGAAAACUGCCCUGUGACUGGCAUUGAAGUCAGAACGGAUGACUUUGGGGUCCCACGAGUGGCAGCUGUGCUGACAAAAGAGGGAGCCAUCCAAACGUCCUGUGUGGUGAACUGCUGUGGUGUGUGGGCCCAAGCCCUGGGGGAAAUGGCCGGCGUCCAGGUGCCCCUGGUGGCCAUGCACCAUGCCUAUGUGGUGACAGAGAAGAUCGAGGGGAUCCAGAACAUGCCGAACGUUCGAGACCACGAUGCCUCCGUGUAUUUGCGUCUCCAAGGUGAUGCCCUUUCUGUGGGUGGCUAUGAGUCAAACCCCAUCUUCUGCGAGGAGAGUUUGGACAAUUUUGCUUUUGGUCUCUUCAAUCUGGACUGGGAUGUAUUUACACAGCAUAUUGAUGGUGCUAUCAACCGAGUCCCAGUCCUGGAGAAAACUGGAAUUAAAUCAACUGUCUGUGGACCAGAAUCCUUCACCGCAGACCACAAGCCUCUCCUAGGGGAAGCGCCAGAAGUCCGUGGCUUUUUCCUGGGAUGUGGCUUUAACAGUGCCGGAAUGAUGCUUGGAGGAGGCUGUGGGAAGGAACUGGCCCACUGGAUUGUCCACGGACAUCCAGAGAAGGACAUGUUCAGCUAUGACAUUAGGAGGUUUCACCGCUUCCUCUCGGGCAACAGCCGCUGGAUUCGAGAGCGGAGCCACGAGUCCUACGCCAAGAACUACUCCAUCGUGUUUCCGUAUGAUGAGCCUCUGGCUGGGCGUAACUUGAGGAAGGAUCCUCUACAUGAGGAGCUGCUGCUUCAGGGCUGCGUCUUCCAGGAGCGACACGGGUGGGAGAGGCCAGGCUGGUUCAACCCACUCGGCCGAGCACCGGUGCUGGACUACAACUACUAUGGAGCUUACGGCCACCCACCCCGUGAGGAGGAUGCCUACCGCCAGCUGCUCUCCGAGGAGUACACCUUUGACUUCCCUCCUCAUCAUAGCAGUAUCAGGAAGGAAUGCCUGAGCUGCCGAAAUGCUCUCGCUCUCUUUGACAUGUCUUACUUUGGCAAAUUCUACCUGGUGGGUCCUGAUGCCAAGAAGGCGGCUGACUGGCUCUUCACCGCUGAUGUUCGCAAGUCCCCAGGUAGGGCCUCUUCCUCCCUGGGCCCCGAAACCAAUGCCUUGGGCUGAGUCUACCCUGGAAGAGGGCUCGUGGUUCCUGUCCUGUAAAGCCUUCUUGGGGCCACCCUCCCCUCUCUGUAUUUAAGCCGUGCUCCACGCAGGAGGCAGCCCCCAUCCACCCCCACCUCCGGCUACUCUGCAGGACUCCAGUGCAGGUCUCCCGGACAUCUCUCUGCAUCCUUUGGCCUCCACUUGAGCUCAGACAGCCAGGGGAUGCCAGCAGGGCCCUUCAGCUGCCCGUUUUCGAAGAGGCCCUGGACGCAGACCAAGGAUUGUCUGGGGUCAGCUGGAUCGACCAGCCCCAGUUCUGGAGCUGCAGUUUGGCCCCGAAGGAACUGGCCUCUAAGCCAGUGCUGCUCCUUCAGUCCACCAAGUCCCUGAUAAGGGGAGGGGCAGCCUCUGCAAAAUUUUUCACACUAGGAAGAAGGGCCGGCCAGGGAGCUUCUGUACUCUCAGGUGGACUUGAACCCGGCCCUUUCUGGUCCCAGGGUGACACCUUUGCCAUGACACACGUGGCCCUCACCCUCUUGGGUUGCAGCUUUUCACUAGGGGCAUCUUCACAGGUGUUUCCAGCAGGUUGGCACAGUUGGCACAGAGGGCCAGACCCUGCUGAACAGACAAGAGGGGGUCCUUGACUUCAGGAGAGAGUGGUUUUACACAGCCUGGCCCCUCCUUGGUUCUUCCUGGUGGGGGGAUGGGUGGGAUGGCCCCGGAGGCUGGUGCCACAGACCUGAGAAGGCAGCCUGCUUGCCUCUGUGGGGGCACCUAACUGCACCCCUGUUGGGACCCUUGGCAAAGAGGAGAGAUUUGAUGGACCUUGAGAUUGCCAUUGGUGGCUGCUGGUAGGAAGAGGGGGGAGGACUUUAAUCCUGGCAGGAAUGACUUAAAUGCUGGGAAUCAGGUGACACCAAUCUCACGGAAUGGGCACCGGGGAGUGUUGCAGCCUGAUGGGAUGCAAGGGCUGUGUCAGAAUCCAAUUAUAUUUCAUCUUUAAUUAUCAAAUAUAGAAACUCCCAAUUCUGCCAUCUCUGGA